CUGCUCUCUCUCUCUCUCUCUGUGCAUCGUACUGCUCCCCCCCCCCCUCUCUCUCUCAAAACCCUCUGUAGCUUAGCUAGGGUUUGCAUUUCGGUCCCAGUCCAUCCUCCACCGCUCGGCUUCCGGAGUUCUCCUCAAUGUGCGGCAUCUCGCCGAGGUUUCCAGCGGUUAAUUUAUAAGGAGGGGAUGUAUUUGACCCAUUGCACAUCCUCUAGAGUGCGUUCUCAGCUAAAAGGAAAUCCAGGGAAACUUGGUCAGUAGUAUUGCAAAGCACCUUUUUGUGCAAUUCAUCUGAGAACCAAGAAGGAUAAAUAGCCUAGCCAUGGGUUCGCUAUCUGCUACUUGUGAAAUUUCUGAGCUAACAGAUGAACUAGAUCAGGUUCAACAUUCAAGGAAGAACUCUGGGUUGAGUGUGAGUCACAAAGACGGAAAGCUUCCUGUUCUCAGACUGGGAUUUAAGGAUUCAUUAGAAGAUGACAUUAAUCAGCUCUUUGAAUCAUUCAAUCUCAAAAAUUCGUCACGGAUUUCAAGCCCUUCGCACCCGGUAGAUGGGAGCCCUCUCAGGAAGAAUGCUUUGAAGAAGCCAAUUGUCGUAGGUAUGCCUCGCUCGCCAAGAAUUGGGAGUUCCGAGCCCGUGACACUGAAGCAAGCACUCAGGGAUCUAUGCUUAUCAAAGGCAUCAGAGAUGGCCGCUAUGAGACGACUAUCGAAGUCGAGUGCUUCUUCAGGAAACUCAGAAGCAGGAAGGAUAAAGAACCUGUAUGAUGCAAAGAUAGUUGAUACAAUUGCUGCCUCAACAUCAAGUGAAGUCAAAGGGAGUAUGUUGGAAAUAUCUUUGGUGCCAGAGGAGAGUGGCUCAAGCUCUCCUGCAGAAACAGCUCAGAAAAUAGAUAUCCCUCUAGAAUCAUCAAACUAUGGUGCUCAGGGCCCUUCACCAAAAUCUUCAAGCUACGAUAUUCAAACAGGGGUGAUCCAGAAAGGCAACAAUUUGCCUUCAUCAAGUUCUUCCAAUGAUAAACUCAAGAACUCUCGAGCACCUGAGAUGAAAUCACUCAAGAACUCUCGAGCACCUAAGAUGAAGGCAUCAAUUCAAAGGCUUUAUUCUCCUCGAUCUCUAGCUGCUAAACUGCAUCAGGAUGGGGGCAGUAAUCUAACUCGAACUGCUGCUGUUCCUACAUCAGAGCAGGUUCUGGUUAAGACAUUAAAGGAAGAGAUGGUGCAGCAGCAGGAGAGUGUCCCAGAAUCAGCAUCUCUAUCUUGCUUGAAUGAUGAUGAGAGCGUUGCAGAGCCCCAUAGUAUUGUUUCUGCCUCAAGGAAAUUGGCGAAUAAAGCAUCAGCUUCAAAGCCAGGAAGAAAAGGCAGGUUGCACAAUCUGCAUUCAUCUUCUAGCUCGGUCAGUGGCACAAGGGUUGCCAAAUCUGCCAGAUCUACCUCACGUAUUGCGAAACCUGCGAUCAGGAACAAGAAUAGCAUCAAGAAGAAGGCCAAACAGGAUUUAGUUUCUGCUGCUGCUAGUUCUGAGAAGUAUACUGAAGCCACUGAAACAAAUCCCACGACCAGUCAAUUCAUUUGCAAGAGAUGUCAGUGUUCUUUGCAGAGCGAAAAUGUGCAAUGUAAUCAGGCUCCUGCGUCAUCUCAGUACACAAAGCAAACUGCCGAACAAACCGAAGCAAACAGCGGCACAAUAGCUGCUGUAACUGCAAAAGACAACUCAAGAUCAAGAGAUAAGGGGGAGUUUUCUCAGAGUUCGAAAAGUAGCCUUGGGGAAUACAGUAGCAGCACCACGAGCAUCAGUGACGAGAGCAACCUUAGCAGGUCCAGUUGCAGCAACAGGCCUCACAUGUCAAAGGAUAUUAGGUGGGAAGCCAUCCGCCAUGUUCGAAGGCAAUGUGGGGCCCUUGGCUUGGGCAAUUUUAAUCUCUUAAAGAAGCUUGGCUGUGGGGACAUUGGAACAGUUUAUCUGGCAGAAUUGAUUGGUACAACUUGCUUGUUUGCUAUAAAGGUAAUGGAUAAUGAGUUUUUGGCACGGAGGAAGAAGAUGCCUAGGGCCCAGACCGAGAGAGAAAUACUGAGGAUGCUGGACCAUCCAUUUCUCCCGACUCUGUUUGCUCAGUUUACAUCAGAUAAUCUCUCGUGCUUAGUAAUGGAGUAUUGUCCUGGGGGAGACCUGCAUGUUCUUCGGCAGAGGCAACCAGGAAGGCAUUUUAUAGAACCAGCAGCACGGUUUUAUGUUGCUGAAGUCCUCCUUGCUCUAGAGUAUCUGCACAUGCUUGGAGUUGUAUACCGAGAUCUAAAGCCCGAGAACAUUCUUGUACGGGAAGACGGUCAUAUAAUGCUCACUGAUUUUGAUUUAUCCCUCCGGUGCGUGGUGAGCCCAACUCUCCUAAAAUCGUCUCAUGCUCCCGAGCCCCCAAAAGUCUCUGGGACUGGCCCAUGCACGGAAUCGACCUGUGCUCAGCCCUUCUGCAUUGAGCCCUCCUGUCGAGUCCCAUGCUUCAGCCCAAGGUUCCUGCCUCCCAACGCUAAGACAGGGAAGUUAAAGGCCGACCCCAGCGGUAGUUCCAAGUCACUGCCACAACUCGUGGCAGAGCCAACUGAUGCACGAUCAAACUCCUUUGUCGGCACCCACGAAUACUUGGCCCCUGAGAUCAUAAAGGGUGAGGGCCACGGGGCCGCAGUAGAUUGGUGGACAUUUGGGAUUUUUCUCUAUGAGCUCCUCUAUGGGAGGACCCCUUUCAAGGGCUCAGGAAAUGAGGAGACCUUAGCUAACGUGGUAUUGCAGUCCCUUAAAUUUCCCGACAGCCCAAUGGUUAGCUUCCAAGCUCAGGACCUCAUCAGGGGCUUGCUUGUAAAAGAGCCCGAGAAUCGCUUGGGAACUGAGAAGGGGGCUGCUGAGAUCAAGCAGCAUCCAUUCUUCGAGGGCUUGAACUGGGCUCUAAUUCGUUGUGCAAUCCCACCGGAGCUGCCUGACUGCUAUGACUUUGGAGUUCAAUAUACGGAGCCUCAGGAGUCGGGGAGCAAGUAUCUAGAGUGUAAAGCUAUGGGAGAGCAACUUGAGUUCGAGCUGUUCUAGUCAGAGAGAUCCUCCGAUGACGCGGAGGUCAGUCCUCUCUGCUUCCCUUGAUAUAUUAGUAAUGCACUCUUGUAACUAGGUCAAGCUCGUAAUGUAAAUUUUGAUGCGGAAUGUCUUGUAAUGAAAAGCCCCACGCCGGAAUGUGAAGUAAGUUCGAAAUCAGAGAAGCGAAUACACGGAUGUUUGUAUGUAUAAAUACGUAGUCCGAUAAAUUUUUAUUCCCUUAAAGGUUAUUGCUUGGGGUGAUCGAA